CAGGCCUUCAACUUUGGGUUCUCUACCCCCUUGGAUAUCUCUUGGAUUUAACACCUAUCAAUAUCUGAGGCAUACACGAGCAUUCUGGGAUCUUCAACACUUUGCUUUCCACCGAGACUGACGGCACCAAGCCUCACGCGACCAUCAGCCAACAGCGAAAAUGAGCACCACCUUGGUCUUGCAGAAUGAACAGCAGCAUACCCUUGGUAUGCCUGUACCACCCUUCACCGCGCAUGCGAUCUCCGUAUCGCUCCCUACCUGGAAAGACAACGUCGGGUACGAAGAAGGCGAGAAGCGCGUCGUCGAUGUCAUGGUCUCUGGAUAUCCCCGGUUUUUCAUCCAUCUUAGCAUUCAGAAGCUAGCUCGGAUAUGUGAACAGAAGUUCGGCGCGCCAGGCGAGCGGAGCCUACUCUGUCCCACACGGAGGAUCGCAGAACAGUGUCGCGAGUUCAUGAUCGAUCGCUCCACCAAAGCAGGAUCCCCCAUACCAGUGCGACUCGUUCAGUUCACCAUCUGCCCGGAGGACGAUGAGACUUCCACGCCCUGUCGAGAACUUCACAUUGUCCUUUUCCCUGGCGACCAAUUUCCUCUUGCGAAGCAGUUCUGGCAGCACACAGGGCUCUGCAUCUCUUCACGCUUGGCCGAGAGGUGUCUGUCCAUGCUUCAUGAGGAAGUCGGUAGCCCCAAGGCGCCCGUACCAGCUCCCGGCCGACCUCCCGUCAAGCCAGGAAAUCGACACUACUCCGCAAAGAGCAUCGGCAAGUCCCCACCAACGUCCCCUACUUUGUCGCAUACACCCUUUGGAAGAAGGCUCGUCGAACAAACGCCGGAGCUGCUCAGCAAGGACCAUGACACAUACGUCGAGGAACGCUAUGGACGCAAUAUGCCCCCCGAGUCCGCGGCCGUUGCAAAGCGCGCUAUGCGUCGCCGUAUAGCUGGAGUCCUUGUCAGGGAUGCGCCUAGCGACUGGUCUACGGCGGGUGGCCAUGAAGCCGAGCUUGGACCGAGUACGAGAGGUGUUGAGGGCGUAACAGAAGACGACGUAUUCCUCUUCGCCACCGGCAUGUCGGCUAUCUGGACGGCGCACCAGCUCGCUCUUGCAACACGUCCCGCCGCGAAAAGUGUAUGCUUUGGCUUCCCGUACACCGACACCCUCAAAAUUCUCGAGAAAUGGGGCCCUGGCUGUCACUUCUUCGGACAUGGUCUUGACAGCGAUCUCGACGACCUGGAAAAGCUUCUCGAGAAAGAGUCCCAGCUCUCGGAAACCCCUCCAAUACUCUCGUUGUUUACAGAGUUCCCUUCCAACCCGCUAGUACGCGCUGCAGACCUCCCCAGAUUACGCGCACUGGCGGACAAGUACAACUUCCUCAUCGUGGUCGAUGAGACAAUCGGCAAUUUUGUGAACGUCGAGGUCCUCCCGUACGCAGACAUGGUCGUCAGCAGCCUCAGCAAGGUCUUCAGCGGUGAUGCGAACGUCAUGGGCGGCAGUCUGGUGCUCAACCCGCAGGGCCGGUACUAUUCCGCGCUGAAGGCGCACAUGGCCGCGCACUACGAGGACUCAUACUUCGACGAGGACGCGAUCUACAUGGAGCGCAACUCGCGCGACUUCCGGCGGCGCAUCCACACCAUCGACGCGAACACGCUCGCCGUCUGCACCUUCCUCCGCUCCCGCUCGCUCGCAGACCCCAACCCGCCCGCGCGCCCCGCCGUACGCGACGUCUACUAUCCGAAGUGGGAGACCGCGCACAACUACGAGCGCUGCCGCGUGCGCGGGCCGGACGGCACACCCGUUGGAGGGUACGGGGGCCUGUUCUCGCUCACGUUCACGUCGUCGGCCGCGUCGCGCGCGUUCUUCGACACGCUCCCGUGCAUGAAGGGUCCGAGCCUCGGCACGAAUUUCACCCUCGCGUGUCCGUACACGAUCCUCGCGCACUACGCGGAGCUCGACUGGGCGGCGGGUUGGGGCGUUAGCUCGGACCUGGUGCGUGUGAGCGUUGGGCUGGAGGAGCGAGAGACACUCUUGAAGGGCAUCGAGAAUGCGCUGCUGGCGGCGGAGGCCGUCGUGGAGGCGGAGGCAGCGGCAGAGGGCGGCGCGGCGGCAUAGACGGACGCAGAGGGGGAGAGUCCCGUUCAACCGGCGAAGUGUUCCCAAGAGUGAUGUACAAGAAAUGUAUCGUAUAGCACAUAUACCAUCCAACUGGC